CGCUGCGGCCAUGGCGCUGCGCGCGGCCUCCCGGCGCGGCCGUUGGCUCGUGCGCGAGCUCACCGCGCCGCUAGCGCCGGGGCCUCCUCGGGCCCCGCAGCCGCUGCCGCCCGCGGGGCUCCGCCUGCUGCCGCCCGCCGUGCGGUUCGCCAGCAGCGAGGGGCACGGGCCGGGGGCCGACGGGCCGCAGCGGAAGGUCGUGGUCGUGAGGAUCACCAGCCCCGUCAUGUGGCUCCGCACCCGCUUCUACUAUCUGCUUAUCCGCCUCUACUUCGACCCAGACUUCAGCAUCGAGGAGUUCACGCGGGGGGCCAAGCAGGCCUUCUCUCUUGUUUCAAAGUUGCUAUCUCAGAGUAAACUUGAUCUCCUGGAAGAACUUGUAUCGGAAGAGACACUUAAGAUUUUGAAGGAAAAAAUUUCAUUGCUUCCUGACAACCACAGGGAUGCCUUAGCAGCUGACAUAGAUGCGAUUAUGUACACAACAGAAGGAGAUGUUCGCAUUUACUAUGAUGAUGAUGGAAGAAAAUUUGUUAGUAUACUGAUGCGGUUUUGGUAUCUGAAUGGUGCUAACUUACCUGAUGAGGUACCAGGUGAAGCCAAAGUAUUCCAGAUUAUGUUUGGAGAUGAAAGUAUGAAAGAAAAGAAACAUCUUUUAACAGCAAACUACGAGUUUCAGAGAGAAUUUACAGAAGGAGCAAAACCAGACUGGACUAUUACACGGAUUGAACAUCCAAGGCUAUUAGAAUAAAUGUCUUCUGCAGUGUCUUUGUGUACCCUUAUAAAUGGUCUGACAUAAGACAUCAGGCAUUUUAUUGGUCUUUUUUUCCUUCCUCCUAUCUCACCCAAAACAGGGAUGGAUUUUGUAUAUUUGUUUCCCAGAAGUGUAUCUGAAAUUUAUACUAUGCUGAAACAUUACAAUAAAACUCUUUCCCUGGAA